CCCCAAUAUUUCCACGACCGAUUGGUUAAAAUGAACAUUCGUUUAAUUGUAUAUUCUUCUAUUGGCUAAUCUAGGUGCAAUUUCUGUAGCAUUAAUUUGUGUGGCGUGUGAGCGUUAUGUUUUUAGUGCAUCCAUUCCGGGAGUAAUUGGGUAUUUUACUAUUUACAGGGUGGAUUCGAGGUCGAAGAUUAAUGAAUGGAGACAAGCAGUGCUUACCAAAACCUUGUAGUCUUUUUAAAUGUCAGAAAUAGUUGUCAUUGACUCGAGUCUUUUAUUUUCUCCAUACACAGUCCGUGUUUGCAGUGUGUGAAGCUAGCUAGAUAGCUAGUACCUAACGUUGGGUCUUUCGCCUCAUCCCCUAGCCAAAUUUACGGACCUAUAUUCUGUCAAAUUGGAGCAGGGCUGGGCAGCUAGCCUAGCCAUCAAUUGACUCUGGAGCAGGAUACUGAGGUAGGUAAAAGCUAUUAUUACACCCAAGUCUGUCUGUCUACUGAGAGGGCUUUUCGGGAUAGUUUUGAUAUUAUGGUCAACGUAGACCAGCAACUAUCAAUGCAUAGACAGCCUACACCUAGCCUACAUGUCAAAAUGCAAUGACAGCAUUCAAUACAGUUAUGUUCUCUUUGGCAGACCUGUCUCGUUGCAUACAUACCUGUGGUUUUGUCAUGUUUACGUCUGUUGGUUACGCAACCCAGUGCACAAAUCAUGGCAAUGAAGUAUUCAUCAUCACCUGCUCGUACAGUCCUUAUUAAAAACACUAGUGCCACAUAAGCAACAUCCUCAUCAUGGGCAUCCUCUUAUAGACAUUGAGUCAUUGGAAUUGAAUUGAAUGAAGGAACAUCUCCUUACAUUACAGUCCAAUCAUUUUCUAUUUUGGAUCUAGUUAUGCAUCAAAUUAAAUAGUUCAAAAUUCUCAAAAAACUAUGGGACCUCGGAAACAGUCUGAUACACUUGUAUCAAAUCAAACAUCACAAUUCACAAGCUUUGGUAAGGCCAUCAGAAAUAUCCCAAUUUCAAUCAUGCCUGAGUAAUAGUGAUGAGAUACAGAAUGUCUGAAAUCCACACAAUAAAGGACAUUACUACUAGUAUUAACUAUUAGCUUAAAUCUCAGAAAAUACAAUAUGUCAUUCUUGCUAAAUUGAUAUGCCUAAUAGUAUAAUUAAAGAUGGCCUUUGCAUAGGUGAAGCAGAAGAAAACGGUCUAUGUAGUGCACAUUUCAAGGGUGAAGUAUUAGGCAGCCGAAGCGGGAUCCUGGUGCACAACUCAUCAAAACAGGCAUUGGAAAUUCUGUUGUGAUUCAUUGGACUGGUACAAGAGCUCAACCCCAGUGACCAGUCCCCCAAGACGCUCUUCCUCACUGCCUAUUGAGAUGUAGCUGAGGGCAUGGAGCUUGGUGUUGUUCUUGGCUGUGUGUGUCCCCAGACAGUCCCCCCUCCCUCUGGCAUCAUGACUGGGUCUUUUCAUGCUGAAGGGGAGUUGCUUCCUGUCCGGUGCUGACUCGCAGGGUGGAGACCACUUGGUUUCUUGAUUGCAUGUUUGUUAAGUUUCCUUUUUUUCCCCACUGCACACAAUGGCCUCUCUCUCUGCACCGGUCUUUCAAGAAACAGAGUGAACUUGCUUCAAAUCAACGUUUUUUGGUUGCGUACACAGUUUAGCAAAUGUUAUAGCGGGUGCAGGGAAAUGCUUAUGUUACUAGCUCCUAACAAUGCAGUAAAAUGUCAAACAAGUACACAAAUAAUAAAAGAUUUAAACAAAUCAAGAAAUGUCCAAAUGAAUCCAAUUAACCUAACAACCCAAAUAGCACUAACAUUUUUUAAAUGUAUUUAUUUAUUUAUUGUCAUUUUUAGCAGACACUCUUAUCCAGAGCGACUUACAGUUAGUGAGUGCAUACAUUUUCAUACUGUCAUCCAGAUGUAAUCUAUACGUAUAGACACCGAAUGAAUUUACACAAGAUAUACUAAGAAUAUGUACAGCAGUAACAUUAGAUGUAUUAGAGUGGCCAUCACUGGUCUGUAUUACACAAAGACAAGUUAAAACAGGCUCCUCACUGCUAGUAAGGGACUCCGUAGCAAUACAAUGUCUCUCAGAUAUUACUAAAAUAGAACUAAAAGCUAUUGGAUGUACAGUAGGCUUAUGUUGAAUAUCAGUAAAUGUGUAUUGGGCCUCAGUCAGUCAUUGUUUGCUCAACAGGAUAGUAUGGCCAUGACGGGAGGGACUGCAGCUGCCCUUCCCAUGAGCAACCACACCCGAGAGAGGGUGACCGUGGCCAAGCUGACACUGGAGAACUUCUACAGCACUCUGCUGACACAGCACGAGGAGCGAGAGACGAGGUACGUGUCUCCUAUAGGCCACCCAUGCAUGUGACAGCCAGGUGUUCAGAAUAUUUGCAUUUGGCAACGCAAGCUUGUUUAGGAUCAUUUUAAGAGGACCCAAAUUGUGGGUUGUUAUGUUGAAAGAACGAGAGAGACUUUGUUCUUUAUAAAAUGGCUGGGGUUUAUUCCAACCCGAGCAUCCUAACGUUCGUGAGCUAGCAUCACAAUCACAACUGUUUAGCCAAAGUACGGUGGCUCCCAUAGGACAUUUCUACUACGGUGGGUGAAACCGUAACAGACAACAAUAACUCUCAGGGUAGGCUAUAUAGCGACCAUAACAUUUGGAGUAGAAAUGGCACUUUAAUCAUUAACAAUCAUCACAGUUUUAUGUCUGAAAAAUGUUGAUAGAUGAUCAUGAAAGACAACGCCGCGGGGUAGACUGUUUCAGAAUAACUAGACUGGGGUAGACUGUUUCUGAAUAACUAGACUGGGUUUACUGUUUUAGAAUAACUAUACUGUUUCAGAAUAACUAGACUGGGGUAGACUGUUUCAGAAUAACUAGACUGGGGUAGACUGUUUCAGAAUAACUAGACUUGUUUCAGAAUAACUAGACUGGGUAGAGUGUUUCAGAAUAACUAGACUUGUUUCAGAAUAACUAGACUGGGUAGAGUGUUUCAGAAUAACUAGACUGUUUCAGAAUAACUAGACUGGGUAGACUGUUUCAGAAUAACUAGACUGGGUAGAGUGUUUCAGAAUAACUAGACUGUUUCAGAAUAACUAGACUGGGUAGACUGUUUCAGAAUAACUAGACUGGGUAGACUGUUUCAGAAUAACUAGACUGGGGUAGACUGUUUCAGAAUAACUAGACUGGGGUAGACUGUUUCAGAAUACCUGCAUGUUCCUCUAUUUUUCCAGGCAGAAGAAGCUGGAGAAAGUCAUGGAUGAGGAUGGCUUGAUAGAUGAAGAGGUAAACCUCCGCUCCUGUGGAACGAUGGCUUUAAUUCUAAUAAUGGAUUGGAUUCAAUAUCGUGGGUAGCACUUUCUUUACGUGUUUGUCAUGUCUACUAUUUUGGAGGAAACCAAAUGGAACUGAUCAUCUGUGUCUCUGUGCCCAUGUUCCUCAACAGAAGGUCAUGCGACGCUCCCAGCACGCCAGGAAGGAGACAGAGUUCCUGCGGCUGAAGAGGACCCGGUUGGGCCUGGAUGACUUUGAGUCACUAAAGGUCAUUGGUAGAGGCGCCUUUGGAGAGGUGUGUUAUGAUAGCUCUCUCUCUUCAGUUUAUUUUCUUUAUAUGGACCUUUGAGUGUAUGCUGGUAUUGAUUGUGGAUUAAUAUGGUCUUUACUGAGAAGUUUGCAAUGCAUAGGUUGGUCUGAUCACUCGUUUAUAAAGCAGCUAGCAACUAAUGUGGCAUACUCAUGUGUGACUCAUACGUUUGUCAUCAGGUCCGCUUGGUGCAGAAAAAAGACACAGGGCACAUAUAUGCCAUGAAGAUCUUGAGGAAAGCUGACAUGUUGGAGAAGGAGCAGGUGGCUCAUAUUCGGGCAGAGAGGGACAUCUUGGUGGAGGCAGACGGGGCCUGGGUGGUCAAGAUGUUCUACAGUUUCCAGGAUAAGAGGAACCUCUACCUCAUCAUGGAGUUUCUACCUGGAGGUGGGUUUCUCUUGCUGGCCAGUCUCCCUCCACAAAUUACAUUUAAAAAAAUGUUUUUUUAGAUACAGUGGGGGAAAAAAGUAUUUAGUCAGCCACCAAUUGUGCAAGUUCUCCCUCUUAAAAAGAUGAGAGGCCUGUAAUUUUCAUCAUAGGUAAACGUCAACUAUGACAGACAAAUUGAGGGAAAAAAAUCCAGAAAAUCACAUUGUAGGAUUUUUAAUGAAUUUAUUUGCAAAUGAUGGUGGAAAAUAAGUAUUUGGUCACCUACAAACAAGCAAGAUUUCUGGCUCUCACAGACCUGUAACUUCUUCUUUAAGAGGCUCCUCUGUCCUCCACUCGUUACCUGUAUUAAUGGCACCUGUUUGAACUUGUUAUCAGUAUAAAAGACACCUGUCCACAACCUCAAACAGUCACACUCCAAACUCCACUAUGGCCAAGACCAAAGAGCUGUCAAAGGACACCAGAAACAAAAUUGUAGACCUGCACCAGGCUGGGAAGACUGAAUCUGCAAUAGGUAAGCAGCUUGGUUUGAAGAAAUCAACUGUGGGAGCAAUUAUUAGGAAAUGGAAGACAUACAAGACCACUGAUAAUCUCCCUCGAUCUGGGGCUCCACGCAAGAUCUCACCCCGUGGGGUCAAAAUGAUCACAAGAACGGUGAGCAAAAAUCCCAGAACCACACGGGGGGACCUAGUGAAUGACCUGCAGAGAGCUGGGACCAAAGUAACAAAGCCUACCAUCAGUAACACACCGCCGCCAGGGACUCAAAUCCUGCAGUGCAAGACAUGUCCCCCUGCUUAAGCCAGUACAUGUCCAGGCCCGUCUGAAGUUUGCUAGAGUGCAUUUGGAUGAUCCAGAAGAGGAUUGGGAGAAUGUCAGAUGAAACCAAAAUAUAACUUUUUGGUAAAAACUCAACUCGUCGUGUUUGGAGGACAAAGAAUGCGAGUUGCAUCCAAAGAACACCAUACCUACUGUGAAGCAUGGGGGUAGAAACAUCAUGCUUUGGGGCUGUUUUUCUGCAAAGGGACCAGGACGACUGAUCCGUGUAAAGGAAAGAAUGAAUGGGGCCAUGUAUCGUGAGAUUUUGAGUGAAAACCUCCUUCCAUCAGCAAGGGCAUUGAAGAUGAAACGUGGCUGGGUCUUUCAGCAUGACAAUGAUCCCAAACACACCGCCCGGGCAACGAAGGAGUGGCUUCGUAAGAAGCAUUUCAAGGUCCUGGAGUGGCCUAGCCAGUCUCCAGAUCUCAACCCCAUAGAAAAUCUUUGGAGGGAGUUGAAAGUCCGUGUUGCCUAGCGACAGCCCCAAAACAUCCCUGCUCUAGAGGAGAUCUGCAUGGAGGAAUGGGCCAAAAUACCAGCAACAGUGUGUGAAAACCUUGUGAAGACUUACAGAAAACGUUUGACCUGUGUCAUUGCCAACAAAGGGUAUAUAACAAAGUAUUGAGAAACUUUUGUUAUUGACCAAAUACUUAUUUUCUACCAUAAUUUGCAAAUAAAUUCAUAAAAAAUCCUACAAUGUGAUUUUCUGGAUUUUCUUUUUCUCAUUUUGUCUGUCAUAGUUGACGUGUACCUAUGAUGAAAAUUACAGGCCUCUCUCAUAUUUUUAAGUGGGAGAACUUGCACAAUUGGUGGAUGACUAAAUACUUUUUUCCCCCCACUGUAUAAUUACAGGGAAUAAAAUAUAGUCACAUUACACAUUGUACAGAGAGACAUCUAGAGCAGGGAUCUUUAACCUUUACUUUCCCAUCAUUUUAGCAAUAAAAACUAUUUUCAUAUCUUAUCCGGUGAAUGAUAAUGGCAAGGAGAAGCAGUCAAUGAAUACAUUUGGUUGAUAGUAUUUCAUUAUUCUGACCUCCCCACAUUAUAAUUGAAAGAGGAAGUGUAAACUCUAAGUCAAGAACGUUUACCAGCAGCCUGCGGCAUUUGCCGCGACUGGUAUUCCUUGCCGCGACUGGUAAGCCUAUGUCAAAUACUCCAUUGAGUGUAAUGAAGAACAAGUGUAAUUUGGUGAGACGAAUCCCGGUUCCUGUUACGUCAUGCUGAUGGUAGUCAGGUUUUGGCAUAAGCAGCAUGAGUCCAUGGCCCCAUCCUCCCUGGUGUCAACGGUACAGGCAGGUGGUGUACUGGUGUGGGGAAUGUUUUUCUUGAUACCAAUUGUGCGAAGUUUGAACGCCACACCUUGUAGUAUCCAUGCCCCGAUGAAUUCAGGCUGUUCUGGAGGCAAAUUGGGGUCUGACCUGGUACUAGAUGGCUGUACCUAAUAAACUGGCCACUCAGUGUAUACUGUUAUUAUAUACUUUAAUUUAAUUGGCCAUCUGUUACCCACAUCAUGUCAAAAACGAGGGGGUUAGUGGCAUAGUGUCACAGUGUUAUUAAUAUCAAUUUGAUAUGCAGGUGACAUGAUGACCCUGCUGAUGAAAAAGGACACCCUGUCUGAAGAGGCCACCCAGUUCUACAUCGCUGAGACUGUCCUGGCCAUCGACUCCAUCCACCAGCUGGGAUUCAUCCACAGAGACAUUAAACCUGAUAACCUGCUUCUGGACUCCAGGGUGAGACACUGGCCUGGUCCAGGCCUACCACCGUACACAAACAGAUAGACACAUGCUCAGAGACUCACACACAGAGAAGCAUUCACUUACAAUUUGCAGUUCGUAUUGAAGGUGUGAUCGGAGAGUCUUUUUUUUUUUUCUGCAGGGCCAUGUAAAACUGUCAGAUUUUGGUCUGUGUACGGGACUGAAGAAGGCCCACCGUACAGAGUUCUACAGGAACCUCACACACAACCCUCCCAGUGACUUCUGUGAGUCACUCUUUACAACCUGUGAAUCAUUAACUUUUAUUUUCAUUCAGACAAAAUAGAAUUUGUUUUUUCAGUCGUUUUUAUGGUAGAACACUGCCAUGUCUUUGAACUUGCAAUAUUCCACAGCCUUCCAAAACAUGAACUCAAAGAGGAAAGCAGAGACAUGGAAGAAGAACCGGAGGCAACUGGUAAGAGUUUGUGCAUGUGAGAGACUAUAUAUUGUAUCGCCCGUUAUAUCUUUCCCAUUGGUCCUUUGAGUAGGAUCCCUCUCUGGGAUCUCAUGGAUGUUUUAUUAAGGAUCAUCUGAGCACCACAGACCUUGUGCUGUGAAACAAGCACAGCCAAUACUAUAGCCUUUGGGUUGUUUUUUUCUUAUUAGUGUCUCCCCAUCUGUUUGUGUUUUACCAACAGGCCUACUCCACAGUGGGAACACCGGACUACAUUGCCCCAGAGGUGUUCCUGCAGACGGGAUACAACAAGCUCUGUGACUGGUGGUCUCUGGGGGUCAUCAUGUAUGAGAUGCUAAUAGGUAUGUCUAUGUAACCGAGUCAAUUACACCAUGCCCAAGUCUGUGUUUCAUUAUGAACUCAUAUGACGUUAUUUAAGAAUAUUUUAAGAAAGUUAGCUGGCUAACUCAUUGGUCCUAAUUUGUAACAAACUGACAAUCUCUCCUGGUGUCUCUCUCAGGGUACCCCCCGUUCUGUUCUGAGACACCCCAGGAGACGUAUAGGAAGGUGAUGAACUGGAAGGAGACCUUAGUCUUCCCCCCCGAGGUGCCCAUCUCGGAGAGGGCCAAGGACUUGAUUCUCAGGUUGGUGGUCAUAUGAAACCUUAUAGGAUAUCCGCUGGUGUGUGUGUGUGUAUAUAUCAGAGUUUAUUGUCCUCUUAGGAAAAAAAAUAUUAUUAUACUUUACUGGUAUAAUGCUUUAGUACCUGUUAUAAACAUGUAUGAGCCUUUUAUAAUGUCUUAUUAUAAAUCUUAUUAGUUAGGCCUAUGUCUCCCUAUCUAGCAAAUUUGAAACUGACUCAAAAUAGCUGUUACUCAAUCAUGAUCAUUAUAAGAUGAUAAUAAGACAUAAGGGGGUCAUACAUGCUAAUGACAUGUCCUCUAAUGCAUUAUAAUUAGAGUGUAAGUCACAUAUCUGUAGGAUGAGUUACUGAAAUGCUUUUCUCAGUCUGGUACACCAUCAAAUGAUCACACAAUAAUUAUUCCAUUCACAUCCACAAAAACACGCAGUAUCAAACUGCAGUGAAGUAGACAUUUUAUUUCAGCGCAAUGGAUUUCCUCUUUUGUGAAACAAAGGCUUUGGUGUUCCAACAACAUGAACCCAUUGCAGGUACUGUAAUGAUGCUGAGAACCGUGUUGGUGCUGUAAGUGUUGAGGAGAUGAAGAGUCACGCCUUCUUUGAGCCUGUGGACUGGGAACACAUCAGGUACGUGUUUGUUCUUCAGUACUUGUGUGUGUGUCUAAGCAUGUGGGAUGGCAAUAUCUUAAAUGAGGUAUAACAUGCAAUCACAGCCAAAAAAAAGACAAGUCACUUAGCCUUCAUUGGGUUGUCUUUGAUGCGUUUCAGCAAAAUGCAUUAGGAAAAAGGUUUUAAAUAGACCAACGGCUCACAUUUGCUUUCCUUCCAUAGGGAAAGACCAGCCGCUAUCUCCAUUGAGAUCAAGAGCAUCGAUGACACAUCGAACUUUGAUGAGUUCCCAGAAUCAGACAUCCUUCAGCCAGGUAAUAUUAAUCACUUUGUCUCUAUUACACCUUUUCAUACAUAAAAAGCAGCUCAAAGUUCUUCACAAUCAGCAUGAAAUGAAUGAUAAAAAUGUAAAAACUAUUAAAGCAGAAGAAACAUUUGUGCUGCAGUGCAAGUUUGCUUUGGUGCACAGGAAUCUGAGUCAUCUCCAGCUCAUCUCUAAUUUAGAUUAAAUAGGACCCAUAUUCCUGUUGUUAUUCACACAUUCCUACAGCUGAGAUCUAGAUUAAUGUCCUAUUCAGUGUUGCCCUCUAGUGGCAGGGAGGAGACUAACACUGGUAUUAACCGUAAUACACUGUUGUAUAUCAUUUACAAUCUUGUUGUUUCAGUUUCCAACGUGACUGAGCCAGACAAAUCCAAGGACUGGGUGUUCCUGAACUACACCUACAAGAGGUUUGAGGGGCUGACUCAGCGAGGCACCAUCCCCACCUACAUGAAGGCAGGGAAGGCCUGAUGAGGGCAUGGGGGAAAAUGGGAGAGACAAUGUGGACACAGGGUUGGGCGGUAAACCCCUGCUGUGCUGAAAGCACAGGAUCAAGAAGGAUGAGGAGCUUCUUGGUUUCCAUGCUUCACCAGGGCUUCCCUGAUUGACCAGAGAUCCACCAGGCACCAGACAAUGGCAAGAGUCACAGGGAUAUAAAUAACACGUAUUGUCUUUUGUCUUAGGCCUUGCUUGGGCUGUUAAAGGGGAAGUUUGUGUUUUACAACUUAAUGUUAGAUGGUUCCUCAUCCUGAAAAAACGGAACCUCCCCCUUUUUUAAGCGACUACUACUAGGUGACUAAAUCAACGGACGCUUUCCUCUGCCCAGGCGUUGCUGACGCAUGCCAGAUCUUACAACACCUGGAUAAGUAUUUUACCUAUCGGCUAACCACAUCAUAUGUUAUAGCAAUCUGGUGCCCGGCGACGGCACAGUCAAUGAUGUGGUACACAAC